AUGUCUGUCGGCCAAAUGUCUGUCGGCCAUGAUUAUGUGGCGCCUGAGGCAUCCCCAAAGUAUUUCAAACCGGACAAAAGAAUCUAUCUAUGUAGUUGUUCAUUAAAUCUAUCUAUCUUGAAUAAUCUAUCUAGCCCAGUCUGUUCAUCUAUCUAUCUAUCUAUCUAUUUAUCUAUCUCAUUCUAUCUAUCUAGCUUUAUCUAUUUUUCUUGUCUAUCUAUCUUAAGAUUGGUCAUCUAUCUAUCUAUUAUCUAUCUAUCUAUCUAUCUAUCUAUCUAUUAUCAUCUAUCUAUCUAUCUAUCUAUCUAUGUAGCCCAGUCUGUUCAUUUCCUCUCUAUCUGUCUGUCUGUCUGUCUGUCUGUUUAUCUAUCUAUCUAUCUAUCUAUCUAUCUAUCUAUCUAUCUAUCUAAGUCUCUUCAUUAUCUCUCUACUUAUCUAUCUACCAAUCUCAGUCUGUUUAAUAAUUCAUUUGAUCCAAAUCCACAUCUAAAUCUAAAAAUUUCUUAUUCAUCUCCAUCCAUAUCAUCAUUCAUCCAUCUAUCUAUCUAUCUAUCUAUCUAUCUAUCUGCUAGCCAGGUCUGUUCAUUUUCAUCUUCUAUUUUCAUCCAUCUAUUCAUCCAUCUAUCUAUUCAUCUAUUCAAUCUAUCUCCAUCCAUUAUCUAUCUAUAUCUAUCAUCUAUCUUAGCCAAAUGUUUGUUUUUCUUUCCAUCUAUUCAUCUAUCUUUUCCAUCUAUCCAUUAUCUAUCUAUCUAUCUAUCUAUCUUUUCUAUCUAUCUAUCUAUCUAUCUAUCUGUAUCUAUAUCUAGCCAGUUAUCUAUCAUCUUUCUCCAUUUGUUCAUUUAUCUAUCCUAUUAUCUAUCAAUCAUCUAUCUAUCUAUCUAUCCCAUAUUUCUUUCAUUUUCUUUUUUCACCAUUUAUCUAUCUAUAGAUAAUGAAGAGAAACUCUCUAUCAUCUAUCUAUCUAUCUAUCAAUCUAUCUAUCUAGAUCUCAGUAUUUUUUUUUAUUUCUAG